GGUCAGCACCGUGUUCCCAUCGGAGACAAUGCUGUUUCCCCCCGUGCCUGCAUAACGGGCUGUGUCUAUACUUUUUUAAACGGCAUGAAUAGGCCAUUCGUGCCUUUGACCUUCUGGUAACAUUACUGAAAAUGCUCCAUGCGUGUUGCUUAGUGCUAGAAGAUGGCGGAGUCGGAUGGCGGGGACUGUGCUUCGAAACACCCACAGAGCAGUAUGGCUAACAAGAAUAGCACCCUGCGCUGUACAUUCUCUGCACCGAGCCACAGUGCCAGCCUCCUCCAGGGCUUGUCCGUCUUGCGUUCUCGGGGCCAACUACUUGACGUUGUGCUGGCCAUCAAUGAGGAGCGCUUCCAGGUCCACAAAGCUGUGCUGGCCUCCUGUAGUGAUUACUUCAGAGCAAUGUUUACUGGAGGCAUGAGGGAGGCAAAUCAAGAUACCAUUGAGCUGAAGGGCCUGUCCGCCCGCGGACUGAAACAUAUCAUUGACUUUGCCUACAGUUCAGAAGUCACUUUAGACCUGGACUGUAUUCAAGAUGUCCUCGGGGCAGCCGCUUUCCUUCAGAUGGUUCCAGUCGUGGAGCUCUGCGAAGAGUUCCUCAAAUCAGCGAUGAGCGUGGAGACCUGCCUUCACAUCGGCCAGAUGGCCACCACCUUCAGCCUGUCUUCCCUCAAAGAGUCGGUGGAUUCCUUCACCUUCCGCCACUUCCUUCAGAUUGCGGAGGAGGAUGACUUCCUGCACAUUCCCAUGGAGCGCCUAGUCUUCUUCCUGCAGAGCAACAAACUGAAGAACUGUAGAGAGAUCGACCUCUUCCAUGCCACCAUCAGGUGGCUCCAGUAUGACGAGUCUCGCCGGGCUCAAGCCAGCAGCGUCCUCUGCCACGUGCGCUUUCCCCUCAUGCGCUCCUCUGAGCUGGUGGACAACGUUCAGACGGUGGACAUCAUGGUGGAGGACGUGCUCUGCCGCCAGUAUCUCCUCGAGGCCUUCAACUACCAGAUUCUUCCCUUCAGACAGCAUGAGAUGCAGUCUUCGCGGACACACAUACGUUCUGAAGUCUUGUCAGUCAUCACCUUUGGAGGGACGCCGUACACUGACAACGACCGCACGGUGAGCAACAAGGUGUACCAUCUCCCUGACAUGGCUUCUCGUCAAUUCAAAGAGCUGACAGAGAUGGACACAGGGUGCAGCCACGCCUGUGUUGCCGUACUUGAUAACUUUGUGUACGUCGUUGGUGGACAGCACUUACAGUACCGGAGCGGCGAGGGGGCGGUAGACAGCUGUUUCCGUUACGACCCGCACCUCAACCAGUGGCUGCGCAUCCAACCUUUGCAUGAGGCUCGUAUCCAGUUUCAGCUAAACGUGCUGCGUGGACAGCUGUAUGCCACCGGAGGGCGCAAUCGAUCUGGUAGUCUGUCAUCUGUAGAGUGUUACUGCCCAAAGAAGAACGAGUGGACUAAUGUGGAACCAUUGAGGCGCAGGAUUUGGGGUCAUGCAGGGACUCCCUGCGGGGAGAGGCUGUACAUCUCGGGGGGUUAUGGCGUGUCGUUGGAGGAUAAGAAAACUCUUCACUGCUACAACCCAGCCUCAGACCAGUGGGACUUCAGGGCCCCCAUGAUUGAACCCAGAGUGUUGCAUGCCAUGAUCAGCACCAGGGAUCGGGUUUAUGCUCUGGGCGGCCGCAUGGAUCACGUGGACCGUUGUUUUGACGUGCUUGCGGUGGAGUAUUACAUUCCAGAGAGCGACCAGUGGACCACCGUCAGCCCCAUGAGAGCAGGACAGUCCGAGGCUGGCUGCUGCUUACUGGACAGGAAGAUCUACAUCGUCGGGGGCUACAACUGGCACCUGAACAAUGUCACAAGCAUCGUGCAGGUGUUCAACACAGAGACAGACGAGUGGGAGAGGGAUUUGCACUUCCCAGAAUCCUUUGCUGGCAUCGCUAGCACACCAAUUAUUAUUCCACAAAACACCACACAACGCUAACCAACCGACCUGUGACUGUGAAGACUUUACUAUAUGUGAUCUUUACUGCCGACCACUGACGCAAGGAGUGAACAUUAUGUGAGCAACAGGUGGUGUGCGUUUGUGUGUUGUUCAGUCAUUUAAUGGAAUGGCCCAAAAAGCUACUAAGCAGCAUUACUCAUUUGGUAUAUUAUCAUGUGUCCUUGUUUUGAUCAAGAAAUGUUUAAUCGAUCAAACAAACCUUUUUAGAGCACAAUUUGAUUUGAAAUUACUUUUAUGUAAAAGACGUCAGGAUCUUAAUACACUUAUGAUUGUGAUACAGGCUUUCAAAGGACCAUUUGAAAGAAACGUUGUAUGCGUUACUGGGGAACAGCCUAUGGGAACAGCAUAUAAAAAGCUAAUGAGACGUUUCCUAUUUAUAUUUAAUUUCUUUGAAAUUAUUUCUCUUAUUAAUGGUAAAGAUAUAAUUUAUCUUCUGGAGUAGCAUUACCUAAAUAAAAAAAAUUACUUACUAAAAUAUUAUAGUUUUACCAAUGAAGGGCUAAAGUUACAUAGAGCACAAAUUGUCUAACAUUUUG